CCUGCAUUCCCUGAAGCUGAGGAGGCCGCAUCCCUGAGGGUCUCCGUCCACAGCUCCAGCCCCGUGAGGGACUCCUCCCGUCAGCGGCACUUUCCGGUCGUACUCCUCCGCCUGCCUCUACCACAUCCUCCGCUGACAUCAGCCUACGUCGCCAUAUUGGAGGAGAAGUCACCUCCGCUAGCUCGGCCGCAGCAGGCGGGGAACGCCGACUCCCACCGCCGCUGCCUCCGCCUCUCCUGCCUCGGCCGAAUCCCGCUCCCCAUGAUUCCCCCCGGCCGGCCUCUGCCCCGGUGCGGAUAGGGCGGAGGCAGGAGCGGCUGCCAUCUCUUCUUCUUUCCCCUUCCCGAUCUGUCGCCAAGCUCCUCUCCCCGUGGCGGGCCCUUGACCUUCCACCGCUUCUAGCCAUGACUUCUUUGACUCAGCGUAGCUCCGGGCUGGUGCAGCGCCGGACAGAGGCCUCCCGCAACGCCGCCGCCGCCGCCAAGGAGCGGGAGGCGGGAGGCGGCCCUGAGGAUGAAGGCCGCCGGGACGAGCCCGGCGACCAUGACAAGGGCGACUCCAAGGAAACACGCCUCACCCUCAUGGAAGAGGUGCUGCUCCUGGGCCUCAAGGACCGUGAGGGUUACACCUCAUUUUGGAAUGAUUGCAUCUCCUCCGGAUUGCGUGGCUGUAUGUUAAUUGAAUUGGCAUUGCGAGGGCGUCUUCAGUUAGAGGCUUGUGGAAUGAGGCGUAAAAGUCUAUUGACAAGAAAGGUCAUUUGCAAGUCAGAUGCUCCUACAGGGGACGUUCUACUUGAUGAAGCUCUGAAACACAUAAAAGAGACCCAACCUCCUGAAACAGUACAAAAUUGGAUUGAACUGCUUAGUGGGUUCGAGCUUCAGGAGGAAAAGAUUCAAAGGAUGCCGCCUUGGAAGUACCUGGGUCUGGAGAUUGGUGAAACAUGGAACCCAUUGAAGUUGCAUUACCAAUUACGAAAUGUCCGUGAACGGUUAGCAAAAAAUCUAGUGGAAAAAGGUGUAUUGACCACAGAAAAACAAAACUUCCUUCUUUUUGACAUGACUACACACCCUCUCACCAACAACAAUAUCAAACAGCGCCUCAUUAAGAAGGUUCAAGAAGCAGUUCUUGACAAAUGGGUUAAUGACCCUCACCGCAUGGAGAAGCGCUUGCUGGCACUUGUUUAUUUAGCCCAUGCCUCAGAUGUUUUGGAGAAUGCUUUUGCCCCCCUUCUGGAUGAGCAGUAUGAUUUAGCCACAAAGAGAGUGCGGCAGCUUCUGGAUUUAGACCCUGAGGUUGAAUGUAUGAAAGCCAACAUGAAUGAGGUUCUAUGGGCUGUUGUAGCAGCUUUCACAAAAUAACUGCAUUCAGACCAAAGUGUUCUCUCUUCUUUCAUGUAAACCAAUUGUUUCUCUCUUAUUGACUAUUCAUGUUUUCUGUUAUUUGUACCUUCUCACAUGAUGAAUCAACUCUUGUUUAAUAGAAAUUAUGUAGUGAAUUCCUGCCUUUUCUAUUUGUAUACAGGAUUCUGCUGGUACAAGAGACCUUCCCAUUUAAAAACAACAGAAAAGGUUUUUACUGCCAUAUUGGCAUUCUAAUUCCUAUUCAGUUUUGAGUUAUCUGAAAUACUUUGUUUAGUCUAUUUUUCAUCUUACUGUUAUUGAAGUGGUUUAACGUGGAAAAUACCUCAAGAAGGAAAUGUGCAUGCAGUUGGAUCACGAGUCUCAGCUGACACAGAUGUGUGCAUGCAUCAAUGCUUCUGCAGUACAACUCCUAACAGACUGAAAAAGGGCCUUUUAAAAUCACCAAAGUUUCAUGUUGAAGUACCUGUCAGGACAUUUUAUAUAGAGAUGUGGUUUCAAUUAUAUUUAACAAAAUUACUUUAACAACAAAAAUGCCAUUAAGCAGCUUUUUCAAUAGUUCCUGUAAAAUGCCCCAUAAAUUUUACUUUUCAUUCAAGUCUCUUGCAUACUUAUGUUUGCAUUAAAAUUAUAUCUGAGUCAUAAGGCUAGAGUUGAAAGGUCCAGUUUUUUCAUAAAUCCAUUUUGGGAUGGCAUGCGUUCCAUUAUAUUGUAUAUAUAGUUCAAAUUGUAAAUUAACAGCUGCCCCAUCUUAGUAUUUUGCGAGUUUUAUACCUGGUGCCCCUGAUUUGCCAUCAGCCAUUUGAUGGAAAAAAAGGCCUCCUAUAAAGAGCAUGUAUGUGAAAGCUGUUUCCAGUGUCUACAGAGUUUGCUAUCAAGGUAUUCUAAGUCUAUACAUUGUCUUUGAGAAUUACUGUCUAGAAAGAGACCAUUUUCCAUCAUCAUACCAUCAUUUGUACUUUUUUUCCUUCUCUUUUUUUUCCCUUCUCUUUUUUUUCCCUGCUCUAUGGAAGAGACUUGUGACUAGUACAGUUCUUGACUGCAGUUUUUAUGUUUGUUUGUAUACAAAUUAAUAUUUGUAUCAAACCUCUCAAUCUAUUUUAGACUUUAAAAGCAAAAAGUCAGUUCUCCUAGGUGUUGCAUUUAAAUGGUUAGCAAGUGAUGACUGCAGUUCAGAUUAUUAAAGUUUCUGUAAUGGGAUGCUGUGCUAUAUUUUAAUUUUUUAUAUAAAUUAUGCUGAUUAGCACACUAUUGUAAAAAAAUAUGUAAGACUUUGUCUUUUAAAAAAUGUAUUGCCUUUUUGCCACUGCUUAUCUCCCAUUUGCUUCACAGUGCAAAUAUGCAUUGAACAAAUUAAGCACCAAUCUAUGUAUUUUUUUCCUCAUAACAAUGAAGAUUUAUGGUGGGGCUUACAGGUGUCGAGAAACUUUUUUUGGUUAAUAUUCAGAGUAAGAAUACUAGAUGGUAUAUAACUUUAGAGUUGAAAUUUAAGAGAGCACUUAGUCUGUAUACUAGCUUUUUACCUACAGCAAAUAAAUUAUGAUCUUAAAAGUGCCUGAAACAGAGCAAGCAUGUAAUUUUGUUGUUGUUGUUGCUAAUUAGAAAGGUUUUAUUGCUUAACUGAAAGCUUUAGUUAAUAUUCUUCUUAGAAAGAGAGAAUUUAUAUUAAGUAGAUCAAACUGACCUAAUCAGCAGUGCCACACAGCUCUGCAGGAUUCAUGGAUGGGUUAGACUGAGUUAACUUGUGAGUGUUCAGUUGUGUCUGCCAUAGGUCGGCCUCUUCUAUCUUAAGCAGAACUCUACAGCCUCAUGUGUGACUGGACUUCCAAUUUUGCACUUAAUUUUAAAGAAUUUAAAUGCUUUAGUAGGUGACUUGAAAAUGCAACUUAAAUUCAUCAUACCUAUAGAACCUUUUUUAAAAUAAAGGUUUUAAAAUAUAGUCCUUAACAUUUA